UAACUGAUUGUGUUAUACUGUCGUUAUCAUUAAGGCACAAUUAAUUAAUUGAAUAAAUGGAGCAAGUAUAAUUGCACUAGAAUUAAUGUAUAAGUACACAUUAGCCAAGUUUAUCAGUAUAAUCACAAACAGCGACAGACUUGUCGCUAUUUCAAAUCAUAAAUAGGAAGUCUUCUUCAAAACGUCUACAGUGAAAGUGGGUGACAUCGCGUUAUUUUAACAAACGUUUUAUUACAUGAAGAAAAAAAAGUAAGCACAACAAUAUGUCACCAAAAGUAUGGUUGAGCUUUGAAAAGCAGACGAGAGAUGGGACAUUGAUGAAGCUGAGGAUACAGGACUUGCCGCUGGAGAGGAUCGGGGUAGCCACGGAGCUCAUGGUGAAGUACUUCGCCAGGGAUGAGCCUUAUCGAAAAGCGACAGGUUUUCCUAAUAACCCAGAAGCAUUAGAAGAAUACAGAGUUUACAUAAACAAAAUAUUCCGUGAAGCUGCCAGUCGCAACGUGAUGUGCUGCGCUGAUACUGAUGAUGAUAACCAGGAUAUCAUCGGGAUUUCCUCGGUGGCUGUAGCUACCGAAUCGUAUUGGGAUAUGACUGCUGGCAAAGGAACGGAAGAAGCUAAGAAGAUCAACGCAAUCUUCUACGACGUGUCCCAUAAGUUCGAUAUCUUAAAGGAGUUCAACCUCUCCUCUUACUACUCCGGGAAAUCUUUGGUGGUCGUGCCGGAGUACAGGGGUUACGGGAUUGCGGAGAAGUUUCUGACAGUGAGGCGACUAAUGUGUGGAGCCCACGGCAUACCCAUGACCGCCGCAUGGAUGUCCACCUUCGCGACGCAGAUCGCCGCAGCAAAAGACGGCUGGCAGACCCUCUGUGAGCUGGACUAUGGAGAUAUUGCUCGGAGGCAUGGUGUUAGCUUUGAGGGGGUACCCCCCACUAAUAAAUACAUGGCGGCUUGGCCUCUUUAUGAAUCAAAUAGGCUUGAUAAUUAAACUUCUUGUAAA